UCUAACGAGCAAAAUUUUAGCAAAUAAAAAGUGGGGACUUUGCCCUCAUGGGCUUCGAAAUGCCAAAGUCCUUUAUAUUCAGGCUUGCAAGACGUCUUAGACAAUUAGUAAGGAGUUUGCCCAGUUUUAAGAUGAGUAUGAGACUUGCUGUGUAUGCAGUUACUGCGCUUGUUCUACGAGAGUUAGGACAUGGUUGGUUUCUCACAUUACUCGGUGUAUUCACAGCUUAUUUGCUGUCUGGAGGGUACAAGUUUAUGAGAAUUUUGUACUAUACAUUCCCAAGAGAUGCUAGAGCCUUGAAAGUUCUCAUCAAUGCAAAGUUGAAAAUGAAGAGCCUUGCUAAAACUGAUGGCAACAUUGUGUAUCUCUUCAGACAGACACUCCGUAAAAUGCCUUAUAAAACAUGCUUUAUAUUUGAAGACAAGAAAUGGACUUUUAAAGACAUUGAUGAAUAUUCAAACAAAAUUGCAAACUUUUUCUAUGAAAAAGGUGUUCGUCAAGGCGAUGUUGUAGCAAUAUAUAUGGAAUCUUCCCCGGACUUUGUCUGUAUGUGGUUAGCUCUUGCCAAAAUUGGUGCGAUCGGGGCACUGAUUAACUUCAAUCUGAGAAUGGAGUCCCUUGCUCACUGUAUUAAAGCUGCCAAUGCAAAGAUGACUGUUUAUGGUGGAGAAUUGGACAAAGCUGUUGCUGAGGCAAGGAGUCUUAUAUGUAACGACAUGACAUUGUAUUGUUUGGGAACUUACAAUAGUGAUGUCCUUCAAGCCUCACAUCUAGACCCUUUGCUACAACAGGCAAGUAACAUGCCUCCACCUACAGACCACCUCACCAAAUUUAAAGAUCCCCUAUUCUACAUCUACACAUCAGGGACGACUGGUCUUCCAAAGGCAGCUAUUGUUAUAAACAGCAGAUUUUUCUAUAUGUCAUAUUCCCUGCAUCAGAUGUUCAACAUGACAGAUGAUGAUAUCUUGUACUGUACAUUACCUCUGUACCAUACUGCUGGUGGUGUUCUUGGUGUAGGACAGGCUCUAGUCUUCGGAAACACUGUGAUCAUCAAAAGAAAGUUCUCAGCAAGUAAACACUGGGAUGACUGUAUCAAAUAUAAUGCUACAAUGAUUCAAUACAUUGGGGAGAUCGCUCGCUACCUCCUAGCUCAACCUGAGAGUCCCAAGGAUAAAGCGCACAAAGUCAGACUGGCCUUUGGUAAUGGGCUGAGACCCCAAAUUUGGGAGGCUUUCAUGAAGAGGUUCAAUAUCAGCGUUAUUGGGGAGUUUUAUGGUGCCACUGAGGGAAAUGCAAAUGUAGUUAACUCAGACAACAAAGUUGGUGCAGUGGGAUUCACGACAAUGAUUGCCCCUCAACUCUACCCCGUGACGCUUAUACGAGUAGACGAACAGACAGGUCUACCACUAAGGGAUGAGAAUGGAGUUUGUAUCAAAUGCAAACCAGGGGAACCAGGUGAGCUGGUGGGCAAGAUCAUCAAGGGAGAUCCAUUGAGGGAGUUUGAUGGCUACGUCAACAAGGAUGCAUCCAGCAAGAAGAUCACACAGAAUGUUUUUGCUAAAGGAGACUCAGCAUUCCUGACAGGUGACACUCUGGUGAUGGAUGAAUUUGGCUACAUGUACUUCCGUGAUCGUACAGGGGACACAUUCCGCUGGAGGGGUGAGAAUGUCUCCACUGCAGAAGUUGAGGCCUCAGUUAGCAACAUUGUACACCUUAAAGACGCUGUCUGUUAUGGAGUGGAAAUUCCAGGCAAUGAAGGGCGAGCAGGGAUGGUGGCAAUCGUUGAUGAGCACCAAAGUGUUGACUUGGAUCAUCUGGCUGAUGGCCUGAAGAAGUCUCUACCAGCAUAUGCUAGACCUGUAUUUGUGCGCCUCAUCAAGUCUGUAGAUGAGCAUAUGACAGGUACAUUCAAGUUAAAGAAGACAUUGCUGAGGAAGGAAGCAUUCAACCCAUCAGAGGUCAGUGAUGCCAUGUUCUUCAAGGAUGUUAUGUCAGGAGGAUCGUACAAACCUCUAACAAAGGACGUCUAUGAAGCAAUUUGCAAUGGCACAAAACGAGUUUAAUUCAGGGACAGAGAAUACCAUACU